GUGCAUUGGACCACAGGCAUGGUGCGCGUAAGUGGGCCGAGCUACGUGACAGCUGGUGAAUCCUCGGAAGUUGGUUGUGCUAUUUCCGCAUUGUGGACAUACUGCGGUCGUAGUGUGAUCGGUCGGAGCCGCGUUCCCGUAAAAUAACCACCGUCACAUUUCACUGGCCAAAUAUUCUGUCUCCAUGGAGCUCCCUUGUCGUCCCGUCCACACUCAUCAGCAAGCGACCUGGAGAAAACGACGCCGUUUACCGAGCUCGAUCGUUCUGGCUACGCUUCUUCCAAACGGAACAUUUCUUGCCAUCGCCAUAGUAAUCGCUUUUAUUACGGCGAUCGACUGUACCAACAUUCGCUUGCGAGACAACACGCCCAAGGGCACAGUGAUCAUGGAUAGAGUACUGCCUAAUGUGCGUGGCACCCAUCUAAUGUAUUCUCUUCUGCAAACCACAGCGUCUAGGUACUUCAUCCUAAACAACCGGACUGGACAAUUGCACAGCCUGCGCACCAUCGAUCGUGAUCGCCUGUGCGUGGAAUCGGGCUUGUGUUGUACGAAUGACGUUACAACUGAGCUUGUGGACUCGCGCAUUUUAUCAUCCAACGCAUGUCCGUCUCUUCCUUAUGGUCGCAGAGUCAGCGGUUGCUUUUUUAACAUCUCUGUGUCCGUAGUCUCUGCCCAAGGACAGCAACCGGACAUUCAUGAAGUGACUGUGAUGGUGUGCGAGGAGAACGAUCACGCCCCGGUGUUCGUGCCUCCCCCCUCACAAUCUCUAUCCCCCGGGAUCUGGCAAGACGUACAAAACGAAGAUGGACUCUCUACCCGACCGCCGUUAUAUAUGAUCAAUGUGUCCGAAUCAGUCCCUGUUGGGCACAAAGUUCCCAUGCCGCUUGCCACAGACAUUGACGCCCCUCCAUUCCACGUGAAACACUAUGAAUUGAUACAAUCGGAUUCGAACAAUCCUCAGUCAGCCCGCUUAAGGAACCAGCUGUUCCGGUUGGAGCCGGUGUGGAAUAACGGACAUUCUGGUUCUGCGCACCAGGACCCUAAUAUGUACUCGAUCCAUGAAUCCACAGGAACUAUCGUCGGAUUAGAUCUUGUGUUGCUCGAGCCGUUAGAUCGAGAAUCCGCCUCAGAACAUAAUUACCGUCUCCUGGCUGUUGACGGUGGGUCCCCACCACGUACUGGCACUUUACUGUUAAAAAUACGCGUUCAAGAUGCUAAUGACCACGCCCCGACAUUUACACAAGCUGUCUACGAGACGACAGUAGAGGAAGGUGUGAGUCCAGGCAACGAAAUCCUGCAAGUUCACGCAGUGGAUGCUGAUGAAGGUCCAAACGCACACAUUGUGUAUGAAAUAUCGCCGUCAAUUACAGACUGGAAUGUAGUAGAUGUUGAGUUUAGCGCUAUGAACCGAAGCGGCGGUAGCGGCAGGAACCCAGUCGAAGUGGCGCUUGGUGGCGACGUGUCAUCCGAGCAAGACUUGCCUUCUUCCACCCCAUCCUAUUGGUUUCGCCUGGACAGCGAGACCGGGAAGAUAUAUCUGAAAAGACCACUGGACUAUGAAGUUAGGCGUCGACAUCGAUUCCGUGUUUUGGCCUAUAAUCCUGUCACCCACCAGGCAGGAGUUGCAGCUGCAGUCGAUUCCGGUUAUCGAUCGAGGACUGCGACAACCACGGUAGUUGUUAAUGUUGGAAAUCUGGACGACGAACCACCAAGUAUUGUGGUUGAUUAUGCUACCGGAGGACAGAACGAUUAUAAGGAAAUUCGUGAAAAUGGUCCUCCUCAUUACUUCGUCGCGUUCAUCACAGCCUCCGAUCCAGAUCUGGCCGAACCCGGUGGUACAGUUGCGGGACCUUGGACUGAUUCGCUAGUGGUCACGUGUCAGCUUGAUUCGCACCAAGAUGUUUACCGACUCGAUCGGGACAGAUCCAGCCAAAUGGGAACUGCUACAUCAGUGCGAUACAGUUUGGUCACCAGAAGUCCACUUGAUCGAGAGCGUAGCGCCGAAGAUCAUGUUCAAGUCACAUGUCAAGAUGCAGGAAUACCCUCUAAAAAGGCUACAGCUGUGAUAAAAGUUAUCAUUCUGGAUGAAAAUGACUGCGACCCUGAAAUUCGAGUGUUGUCCAUUCCCCCUGGCUCCGGAGGCCGCAUGUCCCCCACUGAGGCAUGGACGUUGCACAAACUUGUUGAAGCCACGGGACGGCAACCGGAUGCAAUCCCUCUGGUCGCUGCUUAUCUGGGAGGUGUGCCUGUCUAUACGGUGCAUCUGUUAGAGAACCAACCGAUCGGGACCGUGUUCGCUCGUGUUCGUGCCGUGGACAACGACUCCGGAGCCAACGGAUAUGUAACGUUUGAAUUACCGAAAAGUCCAGCGUUGUUGAAUGUCUCGGCUACCCAGGGUACAGCAGGCCUGUCGAAACGUGAAAGAAUCGAGCUUUCCAGCAGUCCGGAGACGUUUGAAUACAUCCAUAUCGAUGAAGUCAAGGGUGAUUUGUCUACUAAACGGAAAUUAGACCGCGAAGAAGGCGGCUACUCCAUUUUUGAUCAAUUUUUUGCUGUAGUCAAGGCAACCGACCACGGUGCAACGAUACAGCGAUCCGCAUACGUGUUGUUAGUUGUGGUCGUCUUGGACGAAAACGAUAAUCCGCCUACAUUCAUGGAGCCAAAGAUGCAUUUUACGAUACAAGAAAAUGAGCCUGCGCCAGCAGUCGUGGGCGAAAUACGUGUUGUCGAUGCGGACCUCCACCCCGUCGGGCCGUUUAUCCACGGUGGACCCUCUCUCUACGCACAAGCCGGCCAUCAUGGAGGCACCACACAACUGACAGGCCGUCAUCGUUUGAAUUUGCGUAUUGAUCAUGGACACAUUCGACGAGACUUGCCGUUUGUCCUAUACCAAACAUCUGAAGGGCGAUUCUUUCUCAACACCACGCGAGCAUUGGACCGUGAAUCCGAGGAGGCUUUCCAGUUCGUUCUCAUCGCUUCAGAUACGGAAUCCACUCACCUACGUGGAGGCUCCACCCAGUCGUCCAACGGCAUGCUGAGUUCUCGAGGCCAUACGAGCACGGCCUCUGUGCUGGUUACUGUACUCGAUGUCAAUGACAAUCAGCCGGAAAUCAUAUUUCCCAAUCCCACCACGUCCAACUCCACUCUACAUCGUGUCUCAUAUAUGGAGUACGCGGGUUACGAGGUGAUCAGUAUAAACGCAAACGACCGAGACGCUGGUGAUCUCAACGGAAAGUUUUAUUUCGAAUUAAUACCGGAUUUGAAGGGCACUGAUUUGUUUACGAUCGAUAGGACGAAAGGCUUGAUCCGAACACGACGCCGGCUAACCAAAGAGGAUUUGGGAGAGCACAGGUUACAAGUAGUGGUCAGUGAUCAUGGGACACCCCCAUUGCGGACACAUUUGAUGCUCCGCCUGCUGGUCGAUCAGUCGGAACCGCAUCAUCUUGGGGAUGUCCGCGCUCCUAGUGGUGGCUAUUACCAGCCUCGACCACCACAAAAUGGUCCACUCGGAUCUGAGCAGUACGAUCGUCAGUCACUGUUGCAUGCUUAUCAACGGGACCACGACCCAAACAACAUUAAACGAACAAUACAUGCGGAUAUUCUAUUAAUUGUCAUCGUCGCAAUGAUCUUGAUACUGCUGGUUGUUAUGUUCGGACUGUGCUUCUAUUUGAGGUAUAAGCGUAACCUUUUUGGAUUUUUGCCAAAUUUAUGCGUCAUUUGCCUGGGCGAUAGGAGUUCGAACAGCUCCAUGGAGCAGUCAUUUCGACAAAAAUCCCAAACAUGUCUGAAAAAUAACCUUGAUCCAGAAAAACGUAGGCUCAAUACCAUCAAUCACUCCCAAUCGGGGUAUCCGGGUGUCACUGAUAGCCUGCUUGAUUGCAUCAAUGGAAGCCAUCAACCCAUGCGACUGGACUCCAUCGGCAUGUCUUGCGCUCCCUCGCCACGAAGUCCACUAGCUUUAAAUUCACAUCAACAAUCUACGCAAUUUAUUGGUCCACAUAGUGCGAACACCCCGCUCGGUGCAGCAUAUUCCACGCGAGAACGAAUUUUGCUGGAUGAAAAUCGUCCCAAUUUGCUUGGGUCUGCAGGUUUCUUCGCCACCAACAUGCCAAUCUAUCGUCCGAAUACCUCAAUGGCUAUCAACGUUCCAGAUGUGGCAGAUCAGGCAGAAACUCUGCUCCAUCAUAAGCAUCACUUGGGGAACUACCGGAUGGAUCAAAAUUGUCAGGUAGCUGAUGGAUUCUAUGCAGGAGGUAAGUUUUGUGUUCAUUUAUCCGGCUCAUAAUUCGUAACUUUCAAUUGGCAGGACGGUGUAGUCCCUUGCGAAUUUCCGUUGCGUUGCUGCUCAUCAAUGACCAUAACUACUGUGUUGUAACGAACGAAUCAAGUUGAUGAGUUGACAACCAGUGUGUUCGAAGUGGUAGACAUUUAUGUUUGGCACUGACCUCAGGCUUUUCUACUUGUGAUUUUCAGCCAGCGUGCCAUUCAAUAUGUACAACCUGGGCCGAAAUGCACUCAACCCCGCCAUCCAACAAGAACCAUUCGGACCGGACUCGUCGUUCGCACCAUGUCCCGAACUCGACUUUCGACCUAUUCCAGACGACUUCCAUCUAUAUCAGCAUAUUGAAUCGAAUCAACUGGGAACGUUGCGAGGUGGCCGUGCGUCAAACACAUCGGGACCCAAAUUAAAUUAUUAUCAGAAAGAUGCCCGUAACGCGGAGACUCAGUCCUCUCUAUUCGCAUGGCGAUCGGACCCAUCGCUGAACCAGGGGGCGGAUGGAUGGGGUACGUUAAACGGGAGCGUCUUCGAGCAAACAACCACUGAUACUUCCAAAUCAACUGAGCGGCAUCGUCGCAAAUCACUCCAGAGAUCUAACUCCAACAAAUACGGCGGCCGAGUGAUCAAUGGCUCGAAGACGAUAGGAGCUUACUACUCUCCUUUAGAUGAGCCAACGACGGUUGUUACGACGGCUAAGCAAAAAGCAGAUAUUGACAAACAGCCUACGACAGGAGUCGGCUCCCGUGUAAUCUGCUCGGAACACUACACCGUCACAUUCCCCAAGGUACAGGCCAGCUUCGUGUAGGGUCAGCCUACUGCCGGAACACCACACUGAAGCUCAAAGCGCCAUCAAGUCCUCCCAUAACGAUGAUCGUGAGUUAUUGCUUCAGAAAACAAACACUCGCGCCCUUUAAUGGCCCCAUCGUUUAUGACAAUUUUUGCAAUCUCUUUCUGUUGUACAGCUUGUACAUAUCCUUGACAAAUCGUAUGAAUACGCUGUGUAUUCCUC